CCCCAGUGGAAGGCCGUUUUGGACACGAAGACGAGCAUGGACCGCUACGUGGUCGAGAAAGUCAUCGGCGAAGGCACGUACGGCGUCGUGUACAAGGCCAUCGAGAAGUCGACGAAGGAGCAAGUCGCCAUCAAAAAGUUCAAGUUCCUCGGCGACGACAACCUCUCCAAGCGCGAGCUCCAAGCAUGCUCGAUGCUCAACCACCCAAACAUCGUCACGUUUCGCUACAGCUUUCGCGGCGAUGGCUACUUGCACUUGGUGUUUGACUUUGCGCCGUCGACAUUGGCCAAGCUCGUGGCCAAAAACAGGACAGGACUGCGGCCCGCCCACGCGCGCGCCAUUGCUUUUCAGCUCACAAAGGCGCUGCACUGUUGCCAUGCCAACCACAUCAUUCACCGCGAUAUCAAGCCCGAGAACGUCCUUCUGGACGCCAACGGCAACGUCAAGUUGUGCGAUUUUGGUGUCGCCCGCGCCAUUCAAUUCGAAGGCGAGGCCUUGUCCGACUACGUCGCGACGCGCUGGUACCGCCCGCCCGAGCAAGAACUCCGCUGCACCAACUACUCGUACAACGCCGACAUUUGGAGUCUCGGGUGCGUCAUUGCCGAGCUGUUCACGGGCAAACCUCUCUUUCGUGGUGAAAGCCAGCUCGAUCAGCUGCGCCUCAUUCAAGAAAUGCUGGGACCGCUCCCGCCGUCGCUCGCGGCCAAGCAGCCGAAAGGCGUCAGCGUCAGCAAGGCGACGUACCCCACGACGUCGCUUCGACGGGCGUUCAGCGAGACGAUUCCGUUUCCCGAAGUGCUUGAUUUUCUCGAGCGCACUGUGUCGCUGGACCCGAAGAAGCGACUCUCCGCCCGCGACGCACUCGACCACGUGCUCUUUGCCAAGUUGCGGCAAGAAGACCUCGUAGCGGAGGCCCAGAAGAAGCGUCGCCAGCGCCACCAUGACGACAUUGAAGAGGAGAUUGACGGCGUGCGCACCGAGUCGGAAGGCGACGACCUCGACGGCUCGGGCCCGACGCUCGACGAUAUGAAGUGCGACGACGAGGCCAAGAGCAUGCGGUCCAUGGCCAAGGACGUUGGACCGCGCAUUGUGGCGCCGCUACGCAAGAGCCUCGGCGUCAAGGACGACGAUAUCCAAGAGAUCAUCGAGAGCGACGGCCACGACAACAACACGAUCGCGCGAAGGCGUCUCUCGAUCCACAGCAGCAUCGCGAGCGAGCACAGCAUCUACGACGAUGACUUUGAAGACUACGAGAGCGAGAGCAAGCGAUAAAACCACUCCAUGGAUGCGUACUUGUACCAAUGCUAUGACGAGUGGACUCUUGAUGACAGACACGAGUCGACGCCCAA